AAGUGAACGCUGCUCGAGCAGAGUCAUGUGACAAACACUGCCAUCAUGGCGGCGCUCACUGGAACACACAAGCAAAUAUAACAUAGCAUCAUUUCUGCAAAUUUCUCGGGCAGUGUUUUGUGCAGCCAUGCUGUUCACAUCCGCCAUUCGACAUCUGCCAUGGCUGACAUUACUGGUCUUGCUUGUACAUGGUGGGAAGAUGAAGAUCGUAGAGGAACCAAACACAUUUGGGUUGAAUAGCCACCUGCUGGUGCAGGGCAGCCGACUGCAGGCCAGAGUCAAACCAUCUCCUGUGUCUGGCCCUCCUCAUCUGUCCAGGCUAGCUGGAAAGUGCUUCAGCUACAUCGAGUCCAUGUAUAAGUACGAGUUCUGUCCAUUCCAUAAUGUGACGCAGCACGAGCAGAGCUUCAGGUGGAACGCCUACAGUGGAAUACUGGGGAUCUGGCAGGAGUGGGAGAUACAGAAUAACACCUUCACUGCAAUGUGGAUGAGAGAGGGAGACACGUGUGGGAGCAAGAACAGACAGACUAAGGUGCUCUUCGCAUGUGGGAACAGUAGUAAGCUGGCCAGAGUGUCAGAGCCACAGACGUGUGUGUACUCGCUCACCUUUGAAACACCGCUGGUUUGUCACACACAUUCCCUCCUGGUGUAUCCAGUGCUGAGUGAAAAACUGCAGGAGGAGUGGGAUGAGAUUGAGCAGGCUCGAUAUGAAGAACUCAUCACUGAACAGGGCUAUAAUAAGAUGUUGAAGGAUCUGUUUGAAGAGGCUGGUUUUCUGAAGAAAAAUCGGCAGCAGAAAUGGGAAGAAACCCCACAAGCUCCUAAACAUCAGAGUCUGGAGCAGUGCACACAGGACUAUGAGAAACAGCGUGCUGAAAUCGAGCGACUGCGCUCUCUCCUCACCCAGCACAACAUUUCGUAUGAGACAGAGACUGUCAGGCCAAACACCCCACUGAUAGCUCGACCCUCAGCACUGCAGGACCAGCAUCUCCGUGGCGACACAGGAAUCAUUGCAGACCUUUAGCAAGAUCUGCAACAACCACUUACCUCUCGACCAAGGGACAACUCCAUUGUCAACUAUUAGGAACUGCAGGACGAAUUUUGUUUUUAUGGGUGCUUUUACGUUUGACUUGAUUGAUCAUUUCAAUUGAAAGACAGUUGCUAUCUGAAAAAUGUACGAUUGACUUGUGUAAAACAUAAUAAAUCUGUGGAUAUUAAGAGAAA